UCUGUUAUCUUUUCUCUCUCUCGUAAAAUGGUAUCAGAGCAAAGGUGAAACCCUAGGUUCGAUCUGUGCGCCUAUUCUUCUUCUCCAACGCUGUGCAGUUGAUCUUGUUUUUCGGCGACGUCAGUUGAUUCUCUAUUGUUUCAGAGACCGUCGCGGUUCUGAAUCUUGUGAUUUUUCCUUUGCCUUCUUCGAUCGCGAAUGCGAUUUCCAGAUCUGUCGUUUCUAGAUCUGUGAUUUCCAGAUCUUGUGAUUUCCAGAUCUGUUUUUCUUUGCCUUCUUCGAUCGCGAAUGCGAUUUCCAGAUCUGUUGUUUCCAAAUCUGUAGUGUUUCUUUGUAUUUCUUCUGCGAUUUCCAGAUCUGAUUUCCAGAUCUGCUGUUUCCAGAUCCGUAUUUUCUUUGUCUUUGUUAUUUGGUUUCUUCUUCAUAUGGCGUCGUCUCCAGAUCACUUGUCCUCCUCAAUGAAUAAUCAUGCUGUUGACGACGGAAUGAGUCCGUUCUUUCUACAUCAUUCGGACAGCCUUGGUUUGGUCUUGGUAUCUCAGCCAUUGACAGGGGAUAACUACGCAUCGUGGAGCAGAUCGAUGUGAAUUGCGUUAUCGGUAAAGAAUAAACUUGGCUUUGUUAAUGGUUCGAUUACUCGACCAUCAGGUGAUACUCCUCUACUUAAUACUUGGAUCCGGAAUAAUAAUAUGGUGAUAUCAUGGAUAUUGAAUUCUGUUUCGAAAGAGAUAUCUGCAAGUUUGAUUUUCUCUAAUUCUGCUUUUGAUAUAUGGACUGAUUUAAAGGAAAGAUUUCAACAAAGUAGUGGUCCACGAAUCUUUCAACUUAGACGAGAAUUGAUGAACUUGAGUCAGGGACAGUUGUCAGUGAGUGCGUACUUCACGAAACUUAAGACUAUAUGGGAAGAACUUAGCAAUUUUAGGCCUAUGUGCUCAUGUGGAAGGUGCUCGUGUGGUGGUAAUAAGGCUUUAGCUGAACAUUCUCAUGUUGAGUAUGUGAUGUCCUUUUUGAUAGGACUAAAUGAUUCUUAUGCACAAGUUAGGGGACAAUUACUAUUAAUGGAUCCCAUUCCCCCAAUCAAUAAGGUGUUUGCCCUAGUUGUACAAGAAGAAAACCAAAGGACAAUUCUUAAUUCUAAGGUGUCUGAUCCGGUUGCAUUGGCCGUUAAGCAUGGCAUGGUUAAGACUGAUCAAAACAAAUCUCAGAAAAAGGAAAGGGCAAUAUGCACCCACUGUGGAUUUCACGGACAUACAAUAGAUAAAUGUUAUAAACUACAUGGGUAUCCACCAGGGUAUAAGCCUAAACAACGGUUUAAUCCUAGCCAAACCAAUUUUAAUGCUAAGCCUAAUGUUGUUAGUCAAGUUUCUGAUGCAAGUCAUGGUAAUCCUCAGGAAAUUCAUGGAUUUAUGCAAUAUUUGAGUCCAGGGCAAUAUCAACACCUGUUGAACUUGCUGAAUUCUCACCUAACAAUGGCUAAGACAACAGAAUCUGAUAAUUCUAUUGGUCAGGUUUCAGGACAAUCACAGCUUGAGGAUGAUUGGCAAGGGUGAUUUAGUUGGAGGCUUGUAUCUUCUUGAUGUCUCUGAUGAUAAGAUGAAUAAUAAGGGAUGUAUUCAAAACUUUACUGUUGCACACGUUGAUAAAAAUACUUGGCA